AUGAAGCAUCUCAUCCUCGUAGGCGCAUGUUACUUGGACACGAUCCUGACGGUCCCCCACCUCCCCGACGAAGACUCCAAGCUGCGCGCGACAGCGCUGCAGGUGCGGCGCGGUGGCAACUGUCCCAACUCGCUCGAGGUGCUCGCGCAGCUCGUGGCCGCGGACCCGCAGCGGCUCCCGCUCAAGCUGCACCUGGUAUCAUGCCUGCCCGACGCGGGGUCGGUCGCCACGCGCAAGAUUCUGUCGUCGUUCGGCAACGGCGAUGGGGAUGGUACCGGCUGCGACAGCAUCGAUUUCAGUCAUUGCCUGUACCGCGAGGGUUACGAGGAGCCGGCGAGCAGCUACAUCAUCCGUAGCGGUGAGACGGGCAGUCGGACGAUUGUGAACUUCAGCGAGCUGCCGGAGAUGACCGUGGGCGAGUUUGAGGAGAUUGCCGAUGCUUUUACGGAACACGGAGACGAGAGUUGGUGGCAUUUCGAGGGCCGACUUCCAGAGACAACGCUCCGUUGCAUCCGCUACCUCCGCCGCGUUACGCCGGGGAGCACGAUCAGCGUUGAGGUUGAGAAGCCUGGCCGGGAAGGCCUGGUCGAGCUUGCCGCCGAGGCCGACGCCGUCUUUUACUCGAGAAGCUGGGCUGAGCGGGUCGCGAGUCGGCUAGCUAACAACAUCUCAGAGCCGAGGAUACACAACUCCGGAAUCUUGUCUCAGAGCCGAGGCGGCAUCAUCGUCAAAGGCGGCGCCGGGGCUCUUGCGCUCCCAAGUGGCGAAUACAUGCACCGUCCUGCAGCUCCGCCUGGGGAGAAGAUAUCAGUGGUCGACACUAUCGGCGCGGGUGAUACGUUCAUCGCUGCGAUGCUGUAUGGCCUGCAUGCUGAUGCUUGGAGCCGUGAGACAAAGCUUGCCUUCGGUGUAGGACUGGCCACCAAGAAGGUCCAAACGGAGGGCUUUGCAGGACUGGUAACCUAG